AACUCUUUUUGGUGCGAAUUGAAUUUGCCGCUACCAGCGAUCAUGGCCCAUGGUGGCCCAAAUACCAAACAAGACAAAACGACGUCGGCUCGAACCGGUGCGGUCGAAAUCCGCAAACCCUUUCUUCCCCAAUUACUGAACCAACCGGAAAUCAGAUCGCAAUCGAUUUCCCAAUUCCCAGUGGGGCUCAGUUCUCUGGAAACGCCGUGGUGCGUGAGCAAUGUCGUCGAUAUACGUAUUAGAGCCACCGACGAAGGGCAAGGUGGUGCUGCAAACAACCCAUGGGCCGCUCGACGUGGAGCUCUGGCCCAAAGAGGCCCCAAAGGCCGUCAGGAACUUCAUUCAGCUCUGCCUUGAAGGCUACUACGACAACACCAUAUUCCACCGCAUUAUCAAAGGCUUUCUUGUUCAGGGCGGCGACCCCACCGGCACAGGCACAGGUGGUGAAAGUAUUUAUGGUGGUGUUUUUGCUGAUGAGUUUCAUUCGCGUUUGAGAUUCAAGCAUCGGGGUUUAGUUGCUUGUGCAAAUUCUGGUUCACCCAAUUCUAAUGGGAGCCAGUUUUUUAUGAACUUGGACCGCUCUGAUUGGCUUGACAAGAAGCAUACUAUAUUUGGGAAGGUGACUGGGGAUUCAAUAUAUAAUCUUGUGAGGUUGGGUGAUAUUGAAACUGACAAGGAGGAUCGACCCUUGGACCCACCACCAAGGAUACUAUCAGUAGAGGUGUUAUGGAACCCCUUUGAUGAUAUUGUUCCAAGAGUACGUGCAAAGCCAUCGACGGAAUCCACCAAUGACGCUGACAACAAAGACACAAAGAAGAAAGCUGUAAAAAAGCUGAACUUGCUUUCGUUUGGAGAAGAAGCUGAAGAAGAGGAGAAAGAAUUGGCAGCUGUAAAGACAAAAAUCAAGAGCAGUCAUGAUGUAUUGGAUGAUCCUCGUCUUCUGAAGGACGAAGUUCCAAUUAACGACGUGAACUCUGAUGCCAAAACAAGGCAUGUACAGUUAUCUGUCAGGGAAGCUCUAAGCUCAAAGAAAGACGAGCCCGGGAAAGACUCAGAAUCCAAAUUUUAUAAUACCCUCAAUUAUAGCGAUGAUGACGAUGAUGAGGCAAACUUUGAUGCACGAAUGCGUCAGCAAAUACUCAGGAAACGAAAGGAUUUGGGAGAUCUCCCACCAAAGCCAAAGAUGCAUAAUGGGAGCUCUAGCCCAAAUCAGCGUGAAACACCUGCAUCAAGGUCCAUUGUUGAAAGCAUUAAUGAUGAUCAACAAAAGGUGGAAAAACUAUCCUUGAAGAAAAAAGGGAUAGGAUCAGAGGCAAGAGCUGAACGCAUGGCAAAUGCUGAUGCGGACUUACAGUUGCUGGGUGAAGCUGAAAGAGGAAGACAAUUACAGAAACAGAAGAAGCGUAGAAAUCAAGGACGAGAAGAUGAAGUUCUGGCAAAACUUGAGAAGUUUAAGAAGGGUAUAUUUGAAAGUCGCACAGCCUCAGGUAGUGAAUCUGGAGGUGGCAAAGAUGAAGAUGCAUCUGAUUGGAAAGCUGUUCGGUUAAAAUUUGCUCCUGAGAGUGGGAAGGAUCGCAUGUCUCGCAAUGAGGACCCAAAUGACUACGUUGUGCAUGACCCUCUUUUGGAGAAGGGGAAAGAGAAGUUCAACCGGAUGCAAGCCAAGCAAAAGCAACGGGAGCGAGAAUGGGCUGGCAAAUCCCUUACUUGAUCUCAUCUCUGCCAUGCACCAACUUUAUGGGUUUGUGAAUAUUUGAAACUGAAUCGAAGCUAUGAGAAUUACAUGCCAUACCGUUGCCACAUUUUCAAAAAACUAACCUUCGACUUUUUUGCUCCAGAUUAGGUUAGACAGCUCUAAUGUGUUGUAUUUGUGUUUACUUAAAACAAGUCUUAAUGAGGCUGUUGUAGGAAAAUCAAAUUUCUCAUUUAAUGGAUUAAGAUUUCUUGUUAAA